GCUGCGUGUGGGGGCUGAGGUCAUUGCACAGCUUAGUGGUAGGAAUAAAAUCGACUCCUCGUAGCCUCCAUUUUGAGUAGUAGCUAUGAAAUAGAGGAAUUGCAUAGUUUGUAUCGACCACUACGCUGGCAGUGUCAACAUAAAAACGACACAAGCCUCCGACAUGGACGACUUGUUCAGUCCGAGAAGGAGCUUGAACAGCACACAGGGGGAGAUCAGAGUGGGAUCAAGUCAUCAGGCCAAGCUCCCUGAGCUGCAACCACGCCCUGUGCUUGGUGUGCAGACCCAGACAGAGAAUGAAGAGUUGGUGUGGAUGCCAGGGGUCAAUGAUUGUGACCUCCUCAUGUACCUCAGAGCUGCCAGGAGCAUGGCAGCGUUUGCAGGAAUGUGUGAUGGAGGAUCCACAGAGGAUGGUUGUUUGGCGGCCUCUCGUGACGAUACCACACUCAACGCUUUAAACAUGUUACACGCCAGCCGCUAUGACGCGGCUAAAGCUCUGCAGCGCCUAGUGAAGAAACCCGUGCCCAAACUUAUUGAGAAAUGUUGGUCAGAAGAUGACGUGAAGCGGUUUAUCAAAGGUUUGAGACAGUACGGUAAACAUUUCUUCAGGAUUCGCAAAGAGCUGCUGCCCAACAAGAAGACGGGUGAGUUGAUCACAUUCUACUACCACUGGAAAAAAACGCCCGAGGCUGCAGGCACCCGGCCCUACCGUCAGCACCGUAGACAGCCAUCCUCACGCAAGGCCAAGACUCGCGCCGCCCUUGCCACUGUGAAUACCCCCUCCCGGGCCCAAUCAUUGGACGUGAGUUCGGCCAGUGAGGACGAUCUGGACAGUGAAGACAGCGAGCAGGGCACCUGUGGACACUGUGCUACUACCACCUCUAAGGACUGGCAGCACGGCGGCAGAGAUAACAUCCUCUUGUGUACCACCUGUCGGACCUUCUACAACAAACAUGGCCGCCUGCCGCCCGGCCCCAAGCCUGCUGACCCUCCAUUCAUGUUCAAACCUGUCAAAGAGGAAGAGGAGGGCAACGGGAAGCACGGCAUGAGGACGCGACGCAGCAGAGCACCGUUGUCUUCACUAAGAAGUGGCCACAAGAGGCGGACAGGCUCUCCUACCAGUGAAGACCAGCAGUCCAGUAGCCAUCCGUCUCCUGCACCCAGUGGAGCUAGCUCCACCUCCAACACAUCCAGAAGCUCCGGCUCAGACAAGACUGACUCCACAAAGAAGCCUGGCAAGAAGAUCAAGGAAGAGGUGCCCCUACCAAAGAGUACUAAACGUUCCAGGGAGAGUGCAGCCCAGGACCCAGAGGAGCCUGAGAGAACAGCAACUAAAAGGACGAAAACACAGCAGGGUGAACAGGUGGAGUGCCGGUCAGAGGGCGAUGGAGAGGCUGAGCCAGAGGGGGUGGAGGAGGAGAGCUGCUCAGACAGCCGCAGUGCCCAAGACGACGGCAGCAGCGACACCAAAGACAUCGACCAGGACAACCGCUCCUCCUCCCCCAGCAUCCCCAGCCCUCACCAGGGCAACGAGGGCAAUGAGAGCGACUCCGACUCCUCUGUCCAGCAGCCCCAGGGUGCCCACCAGGCGGCAGCAGAGACCAUCAGUGCCCCUGCUGCUGCUGCCCUGGCUGUAACACAGACCGCACCAACUGUUCCUCCAGUGCAGGCUGCAGUCUCGACCACAUUCCUGCCCCCCCGGGGCACCUCUCCCUCUGCAGAGCCUGGCCAGGUACAGGCCCAGGUACCCCACUCCCCAGAGCCCCCCCAGCCUGCUCAGGCUGGUCAGUCAGCUGGCUAUGAGUCAGGCCCAACACACAGCCAACCCCCACCCCCCUCCUCACACCCCAUCUCUGGCCCAUCACCCCUCCCUCCACCACUGGGACAGGCCCUUCAUCCUCCAUCUCCUGUGUUCCAGGGUCCUCUUCCUCCCCCCUGCCCCUCCAUGGUGCUCCCACCCAGGGCCCCCGCCCCCAGCGACCCCCCUCCUCACAUACCCAGGGAACCUCCUUUCUCCCAGGCGAUCCCCCUUACUUCUGGGCCCCAAAUCAAACCACCCCCAACCACACCCAUUCCACCAUCGCACAAGCAGCAGCCACCGCACCUCUCCUCUGCUCCCCCUUUCCCCCAGAUGCCGUCCAACCUGCCCCCACCGCCAGCACUGAAGCCCCUCAACUCCCUGCCCAACCAGCACCCUCCCGGUGCCCCUCCACCCCCCCUCCAGCUCAUGCCACAGUCCCUACCCAUGCAGCAGGGACUCCCACCCCAACCUCCCGUGCUCACUCAGCUGCAGAACCUCCAUGGCAGAGGCAGUCACUCCCACUCCACCCUGCCCUCCUCUGGCCCCUCAGCCUUGCACCCUGUCCCCUCUGCUCCCUCUACCAUGGGUCCAGUCCCUGGUCUCCAGCCCUCCUUCUCCUCCAUGCCCCUGCGACCCUCACCCGGAAACCCCAUUGGCAUGGGAGGGUCACAUGUCCAGAUUAAAGAAGAGCCAUUGGAUGAGUGUGAGCCUGAGAGCCCGCCCCCUCCACCUAGAAGUCCCUCGCCAGAACCUUCGGUUGUCGACAUCGCCAGCCACGCCAGCCAAUCAGCACGGUUUAUCAAACACCUGGACCGUGGCUACAACUCGUGUUCCAGAACAGACCUGUUCUUCACCCCUCUGGCCUCAUCCAAGCUGGCCAAGAAGAGAGAGGAGGCUGUGUUGAGAUCCAAGAGAGAGGCUGAACACAACGCCCGAGAGAGGGAGAGGGAGAAGGACAGGGAGAGAGAGCGGGAGAGGGAACGAGAGAGGCAGGAAGAGAAAAAUUCUAGAGCGUCCAGCUCGUCCCACGACAGCCGUAUGAGUGAUGUCCAGAUGAUCGGCCAGGUCCACAUGCGUUCCUCCUUCGAGCAGCCCCCCACCAGCGUGGCGGCAGUCCCCCCUUACAUCGGCCCCGACACCCCGGCCCUGCGCACCCUUAGUGAGUACGCCCGACCCCACGUCAUGUCCCCCACCAACCGCAACCACCCCUUCUUCGUGUCCCUGUCCCCCGGGGACCCACUGCUGGCCUACCACAUGCCCGGCCUGUACGCCGCCGACCCCAGCAUGCGAGAGAGGGAGCUCCGUAACCUCCGAGAGAGGGAGCUCCGCGAGAGGAUGAAGCCCGGCUUUGAGGUCAAACCCCCGGAAAUGGAGACCAUGCAUCCAUCAGCCAACCCCAUGGAGCACUUUGCCCGACAUGGAGCCCUGGCCCUGCCCCACAUCGCUGGGCCGCCCCACCACCCCUUUGGCCACUUCCACCCGGCCAUGCAGAACCACCUGGAGAGGGAGAGACAGGCGCUGGCCCUGGCCGGGCCCCAGAUGCGUCCGGAGCUGAGCUACGCUGAGCGGCUGACUGCCGAGAGGCUCCACGCAGAGAGGAUGGCGUCUGUGGCGAAUGACCCGGCCGCCAGGCUGCAAAUGCUGAACGUGACGCCGCAUCACCACCAGCACUCCCACAUCCACUCACACCUGCACCUGCACCAGCAGGACCCGCUCAACCAAGGUGAGGGUAAUGGCCCCCACCCUCUGGAUCCCCUGGCUCCAGGGCCCCGCCUGGCCCGCUUCCCCUUCCCCGGAGGCCCCAUCCCCAACCCUCUGCUCAACGACCUGCCCCACGACCAUGACAUGCUGCGACACCCACUGUUUGCCUAUGCCGCUGUUGCAGGAGCAGGGUACCCCCGUGAGCUUCAGGGCCCCAUCCCACAGAUGUCUGCAGCCCACCAGCUCCAGGCCAUGCACGCCCAGUCAGCAGAGCUGCAGAGGCUGGCCAUGGAGCAGCAGUGGCUGCAUGGACACCACCACCUACAACAUGGGGGGCCUCUGCCCGGGCAGGAGGAUUACUACAGCCGCCUGAAGAAAGAAGGUGACAAGCCAUCGUGAGACACCUGACGGUGUGAGUCACCAUGGAAAUACAUAGAGAUAGCAAUGCUGUGUACUUUUGACAUUAUGCGACAACUAAUCUUAGUGUAUCCUUUUCUAUAAGUCUAAAUGUAAUUGAGAAUGAACUAUCUUUGGAUCUGUAUGCUUGUUUCUUGCUCAGCACUUAAAGGGAUAGUUUACCCCCAAAUCAUCCAAGUUUUUAUGAGACUUUUUCAUAUUUCAAUAAUGGUCUGGUUAUAGAAAUUGAAGAUUAGUGUAGUCUCUAUUCCAUACCAUUUGUUGUUUCUAGAGUUCUCCUAAUGCAAUAUAUAUAGCGAGUGCGGAAUAUGGCUCACCUUUUUUGGAGUUAUGAAAACAUCUGACAAACUUUGAUUUGGGGGGGGUGAACUAUCAUUUUAAUUUCUAAACAAUCUGAAUGAUCUCCUUGUACAGAAUGACAUUUAAUAUUAGAUGUUUGGAUGAUUGACUGUAAUAACCUUGCAUGACUGUUUCCCUUUCGAUUUUCAUCAGAACUUAGAGUAGCGUUGUUCAUUUGUGUUUAGACAACUAAAAAGCAUAGUAGAUUAAUUUUAUUCUAUAUCUGCUAAAUAUUUGUCUAAACCCUAAAGUUUUAUAUAUUUCAAGAUAAGUUUUCACAAUUUAACCUAAGCUCUGACACACACAGUACAUUUUUGAGAUUGUAAAUAAUAUAUGUUCAAUAUUCUAUAUUAAUAACUAUGAUUAUUAUUAAUAUGAGGUGUGAAUUCUUGACUUGCAAGCUGGCACAAUAAAGUUAAAUUAUUUAGAUAUACACACAGUAUAUAUAGCGUUAUAAAGUAAAGUGGGUUAGCACAGAAAAUUAUAAAUUGGAGUAUCACUAUUGUCACCCCUGACAGAAAACAGUGUUUAGAACAGUGGAUCAGGAAAGUAAUAUUGUGUUGGUUAGACGAAACAGAAAAAGCAUUAUAACCUUGGCAUCCCUACCAUGGACAAAUCCUGUUUUAAUAUUUAUGUGAAAUAAUAAUAAUAUGGAAAAACAAAAAUGUAUGCAUUGCAUAUUUAUUUGAAUAAAUAAUUCUGCAAUAACAUGAUAACAUUUGUUCAAAGUAUAUCUUCUGUAUGUAUUGGUUGCUUAGGAUAGACCUUUUGGGGGGGAAUUGUUCUGGUAACAGCAUUUGGCCAAUAGGGGGCAAUCCUCACCCUUCCUCAUUGAAGCGGUGCUGUUUCAGUAGGAUCACUGUACACUGUGGCCAUUUCAAGUCCCAACACACUGAGUGUAUGGUAAUGUAGACCCUACAUCCAGACUUGUGCAUUUAUAUGGAAAUGAAGUAGAGACUGAGAGGAAGAGAUGCAUAGUGGUACAUUUAAUUGCUAAACAAUGACAAAUAGCUUCUUGAAGUUAUUCCAUCAACUUACACACACACAGUACCAUAUUAUCAUAGAGGUUCAUUAAACUUUUCUAAGGUGAAAAGUGCUAGUGUUUGAUAUUCAUUUCAAAUAUUGCAGAUGCCAUUUGGCCUUUCUACUGCCGAGAAAACAAAUCGGAGCCUUGCAUAGACCAUGUUUAAUAUUGGCAUUUUAUAAACAUGCAGAAUCAUGCUGAAGUACAUUCAGUUACUUUAAUUGAUGCACAAUGUGAUAUAAUAUGUUGUGUACUCAACAGAGCCCUUGGUGGAAAUGUAAUUGAUAUCUGAGAUGGUAAUUUGCAACAACUGAAUGAUUUGUUUGGACUGACCAUCAUUGAGAUCAUUUAUUACACAGCAACCAACCACGCGUUAUCAAAUUGUAUCAAUUCUUUCAUUUAGACAUACUUAAAACUCCAAUUAUUUUUCUUCCCUCAACGUAAUGCUUUGGAAGGACAUUCUGUCAUGACAUGUAUAAUACACUAUACGUACGUUGACCAUGUACAAUAAACUAUAUGUACGUUGACCCUGUACAAUAAACUAUACGUACGUUGACCAUGUACGAUAAACUAUACGUACGUUGACCAUGUACAAUAAACUAUAUGUACGUUGACCCUGUACAAUAAACUAUACGUACGUUGACCAUGUACAAUAAACUAUAUGUACGUUGACCAUGUACGAUAAACUAUACGUACG